AUGAGUGGGGCGAGGGCAAAAUUUUCUCUUUGUGUUGUGUCCUUUGAUUUCACACCCACAGAAAGUGUUGAUGCUGGAAUGUUGAUGUACCAUUUGAAGUGUGGCCUUCAUACGGUUACCUUUCAGUACCUUUUCCACGUGUUCACAGCCAUUAUGUAUUGGCUCAAAUUUUUUUUUUUUCUCUAUUUUUGUAUAUAUGUUGUCAUCUCUGUCUCUUCUUGUCUGUUUGAAAUGAAGGAUAAAUUGAGGGCAAUGGGUCAUCCUGCGAUGGAUGCCGCUGAUAGAGAAGACAGCCAUGCUGGCUGUUUUUCCGAUAGCGUUGGCAUGCAGACGUACUCGUUAAACACCAGUUUAGGUGCGAUGCACAUUAUGAGUCGACUAAAUAAUGAAAUGAGUUUCGUGGAGGAUACCGCGUCGGGGUCAUUUGGUGUGGUGAAAAAGGGCGUAUUGGACCUUGACCGCCAGUGCUAUGCGGUCAAGCAGACGAAACGGGUGAUAUCUGGUGAGGGGGAUCUUCAACAGCGUCUACAGGAGGUGUAUACCUUAAGUGCAUGUAGCCAUCCAAAUGUACUGCGUUAUUUUGAUGGAUGGGUAGAAGACAGGGCUGUUUUUGUACGUACAGAGUGGCUCUCGGACGGUUCAGUUGCUGAUUUCGAUAGGCCUUUUUCAGAGGCACUAUUGCGUUCCGUUAUACACCAAAUAGCGUCUGCAUUGCACUGGCUUUUAUGUCAUCAUAUUACACAUCGAGACGUAAAGCCGGAGAAUAUUUUGGCUCGGAAAAUGGAGGAUGGCACGUAUACCUUCAAGCUAGCGGACUUUGGCCUUGCACGUCCUCUCUUUAGAGAUCGCCCAAACACGGGUGAAGAGUUUCGUGGCACAAAUGACGAUGAUGGCGACCGUCGUUAUCUUUCUCCAGAGGCUUUUGCCAUCUCCGAGUUUUCUCAGCAAAAGGGAGAGGCAGAUGUCUAUGCGUUGGGUGCCAGCUGCGUGGAGCUCAUGGGCGGCGACCCAUCGCUUGUUCGCAAUGGCUGUUACACCGGGAAUUUUCAUAUUUAUAGUGCUGAACUGCAAAAUUUGGUGCAGUGGAUGACGCGACUUGACCCACAGGAACGCCCGGAUGCAUUUAUGGUGGCGCUGUUGACUGUUGAUCCCGCAUUAAAAUCCACAAAGGGGUUUGCACGGCGCAUGGCGGCAAUUGAGGGUCUGCGCGCGUCGGUUGCGGAACUAGAAAAAAAAGUUACUGAAGCAAAUACCACCGAAAAAGAGGAGGGUGGCGCUUAG